CAGUUCAGUUUGUGUGGUGGAGAGUCAGACACGCGAUUUUGUGAUCGAUCGCGUGGAGAGCGCGGCCAACCGUAAAUACGCACUAUUGCUUAAGCAAAGAAAGAGUUGCACGCGACUUUCGCAAGCAACGUCAUGGAUAUUUUUGGGAAAUAGGGAGAAUGAGAGAAUGAUGGAGCUUGUGAAAGAGCGAUAGUUCUAUUUGGGAGAAAGAAUAGUAAAGGUUUAUUGUUAUAUCCCUCGGUCGUGUUAAUUCGUUUCAAUUUUCAAGGCCGCGAGUUCAGAUAUUUUCGGACUUUUAGAGAAGAAACCACUGCUGUGUUUAUAGAUUUCUACUGUCUGUUCUUUCGUACUACGAUUAUUAAGUUCAAUCAAGUGUCACCAGUCAUUUUAACAGAAGCUAUAAAUACCAUGAGUCGAUCUGGACCACCACCUCCAUAUGAUUAUCCUCCAACAGCUCCACCAAGCUAUUCCCAAUGCGUAGGAGGUGUGCAACCAGCAAGCCCAUUCACACCAGCUAAAACAUAUGUUGAAGGACCUACUAUUGUAACAACAAUUGUGCCAGUUGGUCCUGGCCCUACACAUACGAUAUGUCCACAAUGUUAUGCUGAGAUUGAUACCACAACAAAAACUGAACCUGGGAUGAUAGCUUAUAUUUCAGGAUUUAUAAUCGCACUAUUAGGAUGUUGGGCUGGGUGCUGCUUAAUACCAUGCUGCAUUGAUGACUGCAUGGAUGUUCAUCAUACCUGUCCAAAUUGCAAAGCCUAUCUUGGUCGUCAUCGAAGAUAGAUUCAAACAAUGAUAUUGUUAGUUUAUGGAAUUCUAUCUCAAUAGUUCAUUUUUACUUGUAAUUGCAAAAAAAUAUUUAUCCUAAUUAUGGACGCAGAAUCUCACACAGUUGCCUUGUUUUUUCUUAAACAUUCCUAGUAAAUAUUUCAAGGUAUACUUUUAAUCUCUAAUCGCAUAAAUACAUGGAAUUAAGUCUGGAAAAAUUUGCAAAUGCACAUUUCCAUCUAAUUUGUUUACGCGAAAAAUGAUAUUGCGCCAUUACGAUUCUUUAACUUAAUUAGUUUCAUUAUCAAUGAAGCUCAAAUGAUAAAUGCAAAUUAAAGUUAAAUUGUAACAACAUUUUACAAGAGAAAAUGCAAACAUUUUUUUAAUUCAAUUUAAAUAAUAAAAAAAAUUGAUUCUAGUUAAUCAGUGAUUUAAUCAACUAAAAUCAACAAUUUUUUUUAUCAUUGUGAGUUAUCAAUUUCCAAAAGAAAAAUGUACUUUAGUACCUGUUUUGUCCUGUAAAUGUAUGAUUAGCACAAUACUUCAUUUGAAAUUUAAUUUAUUACUUACGUCGACAUCUAAAAAUUAUAUAGGUACUAAUAUUCUGACAGUGUUACAAUGUCGUAAAACUAGUUUCGAUUUUCUUAAUUUACAAGAGACUAUAUAUUUACUUAUUUUUUACUAUGAUGCAAAAGUGUAUAUUGUACAUCAAAAUGUCAGUAAAAAGCAUUGUGAAUUUGUCUUAAUAUUUUUACGAAAGCGUUAUAGAAAAAUUUAUUCAGUCUACAUAUUUAUAUACAAUGAUGCUUUAUAAAAGAAAGAGUAUAUGUUGUCAAUUUUCUGACAGGACAGUGAACAAUGUCAUCAAUAACGUACAUAAAUUUAAGAAAUCAAAAAAAUACAAAUUUAAUUAACAAUUUACAAAGAAAACUAUGUCAUGAUUUCUUUUCAACUUUUGCAAGUUAAUCUUUCUAUAUAAUAUUUAUUGAAAUGUAGAAAAAAACGAUUAUACUGAAUUUUUGUGCAAUACGAUAUUAAAUUAUAAUAAGUAAAUCAUUAAACGAAAAUUUUUUUACAAGUACAAAGUUACAUAUACGAAUUAAAAUACUGUUUAAUUAUAUUAUAGCAUAAAAAAUCUAAUCGACGUGUUCAUUCUUAAUUAAAACAUUCUUAUCAUUUAAAAAUCAAUAUAUGUAUACCCAUUUGUACACAAACGAUAGAAGUACCUCUGUAUCUGUUACCAUGUUCAAUGUUAAAAGUAUAUGUCAGAAGUUACAUAAUAUUUUGACUUAUACUUGGCAGCUUUAGGAUUAAUGAUUUAUACAUCUUCAAGUAUUAACAAUGCAAAGAAAAUAUAAAUAAUUGACAAUUAAUUUAAUCCUGUAAUAUUACACUGUAAACAUUUUUGCUUUAAAAUGUACAAGUAGAUUUUUCAUUAAUCUGAAUGAUACUAACUGAUGAUUACCUUGGUUAAUUUGUUACUUUAUGUUAUUUAUUGUACAUACCAAAGAUAUUUAUAUUCAUAAGUUAUAUUACAUCAAAAAUUUUUACAGUGUAGUUUGUGUUCAUGACAAUGUUAUAUUUAUAUGUUAUCACAAUAUUUUUCAAUAUUACAAUCCGAUAUGUUGCAUAAAUUAUGCUCAUCAAAUACAAUUCUACGAUGUUUUAGAAAAAUAUUUUAUUAGAAAUCAUGCAUUUCACUGAAAAGUUCAACGAUAUCACGAGUUUUUAAUAUAAACAUUUGAACAAAUAACGAAUAUAUAUUUACACAAAAAAUUGCACAAAAUAACAAGAUCCUGAAAAAUGGCUUCAAAAAUAUAUAAUUCAAUUUAAAAGUUGAAUUUAUAAACUCAUUAAUAUUUGUACAUUUAAAAUAAUGAAUCAAACUAUUUAAUUUUGUUAACUUUCAAUAAUAACUUGUUUGUGUACUUUACUUAUAUACAAAAAUAAAAAGCAAUUUUUAC